UGUGUAUUUUCAGAUUAUAGGUGCCUGGGGAAACCGAGCACCAAAGCAACGGGACAGAGGGGCCCGCCUAGGUCUCCUCCCACAGCAAGGCCCAGCAAAGGGGCUGGAAAGCUGAGCCGAGCUGUCAGCCAGCCCAGGCUCGCUUUCUGCGACACUCCCGCUUCCCCAGAGCCUCGCACUUGCCCUCCUACCUCCCUUAGCAACCGGGAGGCUGUGGAUACCGCCCGCGGGUGGCGGCGAGGAGGCUGCGGGCAGACCCGGCUCAGUGGGGCGGCGGCGGCCCAGCCCAGGUGCCCUGCGACCGCAGUGCGGAGCCGCCCCGCGAGCUCGACAGUCGCAGCUCCCAUCGCGCUCGGGGUCCCGCGCACCCACCCCCCCUACCCCCCCGCACCUGCCGCGGGGCCCAAAAGGGAUCUUGCAAAAAUGAGCCAUUCUCACCCCUCUGGAUUACUGGCAGCAUACAAUAGUCUUACCGAUAAACACCUGGCUGGAUAUUUUAACAAUACAAGGAUAAGGCGGCAUCUCUUAAGAUCUGGACUGAUCACAAGAAGUGGAAGAAUACUUUCUGAAAAAGAAUACAAACUAAAUAUCAUGAAGCGGGAUCACCAGAAAUAUGUCCGGGAGUGCUUGGCUCAGGCUAUUUUCCGUAAGGUUCUUGAUAUGGAGCGUUACCAUCAGCUUGAAAUAAAAAAGAAACUGGAGAAUUUAGCUAGGAAGGAACGAAUCCAAAGAUUUAAGGGAGAGCACACAAGAUGGUCUAUAGAAGAUAACAUACCAAUCUUGUCUCCCCACCCCCCAGUUGGCCCAAAGACAAACCGUGGCCAUAGUGUUCUGCUUAAUGAAGGACAUUCCAGUCCAUUAACACCGACAGCCCCUCGACCAUAUACUGCUCCGGAAAAUAUACAACCUCCUAUUCGAUUGCAGCCUCUUCCUAGUAAUCCUGCAGUAGGAACUGUUCCAAAGAUAAUUCCGGGGUCCAAAUCAAAAGGCUCAAUGCUGGAAAAUGAUGCUCCACUUUCCACUGGGGGCAAGAAGGCAAUGAUGAAGUUCAGGAACUUCACGGACAAUUCACAGGAAAUGAAUUCAUAUCUACUUCCGAACAUUAACAAUUACCUGGUGCCUAUUCCUCCUCCAUCACAUCCUCAUGGUAGAAAAAUCACAAGGGAAAAUAGACCUGAAACAUGGAGAAGGAGACAAUUUCGUCCAACCACAGCUCCAAAUGACUUUGAACCAAACAUUAAUGCUGUUGGGGAAUCAAAAAGGAUUCAUAAAAUACCUCUGCAUAGUAAUGCAACUAUUACAAUGAUGUAUUUUGGAAAAAAUGUACGUUUAUCUUAUUAUGAUCACCCAGACUUCCGGGAUGAAAUAAAAGUUUAUCAACAGCACUGUGGUGGAGAAAACCUUUGUGUCUACAAGGGCAAACUUCUUGAAAAAGAGACAUUUCAAUUUGUUUCCAAAAGACACCAUGGUUUCCCCUUCAGCCUCACCUUUUUCCUAAAUGGAAUUCAGGUGAACAGGUUAAGCUCCUGCUGUGAAUUUAAACACCGAAAAGGUUCCAGACUAGGAGGAAAACGAGGCUACUUUGGGUUUGUGUGUGUCGAGAGAUCAUCUCCUUGCUACAAGUGCAUUAUUGCAAUGGGUCUUGACAAAAAGGCAAAUCCAUUAAAACCUAGAAAAGAAAAGAGUCUUGAGAAAAGAGAAGAACUAAAGAAGAGUGACCGAAAACUGAGGAAGGUUAGAGAGCUCAUGAAAUCAAAAAAGAAUGAGGUUGAAGGGAGUAGAAAUGCUCCAGCCAUAUAUUCAGUUCAUGAAGAAUCAACAGGCAUUAGAGAAGUGAGAACCGCUGUGGAAGAAUUGGAACGCAAAGGAAAACCAGGACAAGAUAUUUGGGAAGAUGAACAGGAACAUAUAUUUAAAUAUGAUUAUGAAGAAGAUUUUGAACUAGAUGAGGAGAAACAAAAUGCGAAAACUAGUAGGGAAAGACAAACCGGUAAUCAAAGGAAUGGAAUGCCAGAUUCACCCUCAGAUGAUGAAAAAGAUCACUUAGAUACUGAAAAGGAGAAUAAAACCUCAUCACAGAAAGCAUCAGAUGUAAAUGACAAUGGGAAAAAUGAAGAUGAUGAAUGCUCUGUCAGUGAACUGGAAGAGGAGAAACAAGACAUAAAAACUAUUUCAUCAACCUCAUCCAGAAGUCACUCUUAUUCUAGUGGCAGUGAUGAUGAAUCUAUACUGGCAGAAGAGGAAGUUCAUGAUGAUAACAAUCGAAAGGGAAGUUUCUCUUCUCAGGAGCUGAAUGAAAAUGAUGACCCAGAAAAAUUCCACCUUACAAUUGAUGAGAAUACUCUAAAAAUUGAAGACCAAGAAAUAAUAAAAUUGGAUGUGGAUGCUAAGACUCUGAUAAUAGAGGAAAACCUGGAGAAUAAUCUUGAAGAAGAAAAAGAGAAAACAACCCAAAUCACUGAGGAGGAUUUAUCUGAAAAGUCUAGGGAACAUGUUUCCAAGGAAGAAAAGGAAAAGGAGAAGAGUAAGCUUUGGAAAAACAGCCCUGCUAAGGUGAAGAACAAAAAGGCAGGUCCUAGUGGGGUGGAGAAAGGUGUUGGACAGAUAAUAUCUGAAGCCUUGGAAUCUAGCUGCCAUAGCUACUAUGAUACUGAGCCUGGUGUUAGCCUUACAGAUGAUGGAAAGGAUCACUCGAUGAAGCCAGAGACUGACACAGGUUCAGCACCAAGUAAGAAUUUAGUGGUGGAAGAAAGGGCAGCAUUCAGUUCAAACAAGGAAUCUAAGCAAGUUGCAUCAGAAAUGUGUAUACUAGAGAAUAAAGAAGCAGUGCAGGAAAAUGAAGUUUCCCAGCACAUGACUGCUGACACAAUAGAGGAAAAAGCAAAUGCAGCACUAUGGGAAAAGGCAGGGGAUAAUGAAACUCUGCUGGGAGAAUGGAAGCCAAGCACAGAGAAUUCAGCCUUAGCAGAAGAGUUUAGAGGGGAAAGAGAGAUCCCUCAGGUUAUAGCUUCUGAUGUAGAAGCAGAAGGGGUGGGAAGUCUAUUCAAAGAUAUAUUAAGCCCAAAGGAAAAAGGCUCUGGAGGUUUGGAAGAAGAUGAAGCCCCUGAACAACAGGACUUAAUGCAAACAGUGCUGGAGACAGAGACAGUAAUUUCUGAAUUGGAACAGGGUUCAGAGAAUACAGUUCUGGCAAACAAGGGGAUAGCUCAGAGCUCAGAGCCUUUUCAGGAGGAAGAAGCAUUAAGAGAAGAAGCGGUCUUGGAGUUGAUAGAGGCAGAGAAGGAGAAGUAUAUGCAUGAAGAAGUGCUUGAAAAACCAGAUCAGGAGGAUAGUGUAGUGGAAGCAUCCACAGAUCGAGAGAACUGGGGACCCAUGGGAGACUUUGUAUCCAGGGAAGACAAAGAUUCAGAAGAGGCAAAACUGGAAAGUGGAGAGGAAACAGGCCAAGAAAGGAAGGAAGUUAUGGGAAGGGAAAUACUUUUGAGUAUUUCACCUUCUGAGAAGACCCAGGAAACCCCUAUGGGGAGUUUGAGAGAAAGCCAUGAACAACUCUACAUAGAAGAGGUGGCGAGGGAGGAAACUGAGACUGAGGCAGAGUCUCACAGAGAAGAUGAUAGGAAAGAAAUGUUACCUGAGGAAUUAGAUGUAGCAAGAGAGAGAAUGAAAAUCGAGAGGUCAGAAAUACCUUCAGUGGAAACUGAAUCUGAGGAAGAAGAGGUGACAAGGGCAAGUGGAUGUCAGGAUAAGGACACUUUAGAAGAAGAGCAAAAGUUUAAAGAGGAAGAAGAGGAGACAGCGAAGGAAGGACAUUCUGAGGAAGAGACACAAGUUCCCUCUGAUAAGAUGGAAUCUGAGGGGCCCAUUGGGACAUUACAACUGACUGAAGAUGUAGGGUAUCAAGGAGAAGACUCACUGAAUGAGAAAGGGGUGACAAUGUUUGAAGCUGCCCCUGGGUUUGAAAAAUCACUGAAAAAUGCAACAACUCUGAGGAGAGAGGAAGAAGGGGAAAGACUGAGGGAAGAUAGUGACACAGGGCACCAAGGUAGAGCAGAGCUGUGUCUUGGGGAGAAGGUGACUCCUCCAAAGCAAGAAGUGGGCUCAGGUUCAGAGGGUGAAAGUGUGUUAGAUGCUCCUGAAAAUGAGCCAGCAGGAAAGACAAAGGCACCUGAAGGGAAGCCCAUUGCCACAGAUGAGGCUCAUGAGGCUCAGGAGUGCACAGCUACAGGUCAAGAUGGUUUCUCAGGACAGGAGGGAAGGGAAAAAGAAGGGCCUUUACAGGGCUCACAAUUAAUGGGAGUCAUGACAACAACCCAAGAAGCCAUUCCUGAGGAAUAUUCCAUGAUGGUAAUAAAGUCAAGUGUAGACAUCGUAGGUGAGGCUGAGGAGAAGGAAGAGAACGUGAAGGAGGUAGAUGAAAAGUUCCAAAUGGGGACAGGAGAGGUGAAGGAGAACCAGAAAGGAGAAGAGAGCUUCUCAGAAGGAGUGACAGUGGCUGAAGAUCUCCACCAAGGAGGAGGAGUGGCAGCGGCUGAAAUGGCCACAGAAAAGAGAGAGGUGUUGGCAGAUUUGAAAACGGUUGAGGAGAAAACAGAAGCAAAUAAAGCCUCCUCCUUUUCAGAUGUUGCUGAAGAGGAAACUUGGGACACGGUAGGAAAAACAGCAGCUGUGAAGAAGGUGGCAGUAGAGGAAAUAGCCCUGAGUGAGGAGGAGGUGCCGGUGGUGGAGGAGGUGCCCACAACUGGGGCACAGGGGAGUGGAGUGGGGACUCUAGUAGAACCUUCAAAUGAGGAAGGGAAUGUCCCACCACUAAAACAUGAUCAGAAGGGACAGGAAGCGGAAACCAGGCUGCAGGCAGAGUCGGCAGCAGAGAAGACAGGAACAGGUUGCUGCGAUGGGUGGCAGGAGUCGGGAGCAGCAGUGGAAUUCAGAUCAGGGUUAUCCAAAGAGAGAGAGUCAAAGCUGAAUGGAGAGAGUCCACAGGAUGAAGAAACUCUUCUUAUAGAGGCCAAUUUCACUGGAACCCCAGAGAAGAUAAAGCAUGCGGUUCAAAAAGAAAGUGAUACCACAGAUGUUUCCCUGAACAACACGGAGGCUUAAGAGACUCUGUGGCAGAUGGAAAUUUUAAAGAUGUCUUCUUGAAAAAUCAAAUACCAGAGAAAGACUCAUUCAAGGAUCUUGCCAAGACUUUGAUUUUCUUUCUUUU